UAUAUCCUCAUCCACAUUUUGCGAUUCUUAUACCUUAGCGCCUUGACUUACACGGUUAGCGAAGAAGAAUUAUCGACAUGUAUACUUACUGGCCGCGAGCUCCAGACCUUUGCGAUGGACAAGUUUCACGGUCACCAACGGAGGUACCUUCCGAGAUGUCCUCUUUGGACCACAGAUUUGCUAUAUCUGGUCAUUGGCAAGGAAUAAUAUUGUCGCAAGCAUGCCAUUAAUAUAGCGAUGCAGUAGCCAAACACGACAAUUUAACCGGUCGAAACAGCCUCUUCUUCUAUUUUGAGAUGACGGCGACGCAAAGCUUUCACACUCCAUCAUGUUCUGCAAGCCGAUGGCACUGAACCUGGAAGCUUACAGGAAAGAUGAAUGCCUUUCUGCAGGCGCUCUUGUCAAUCUCCACGAUCUCUGUCGCCCUUGCCAGCCCUUGCAAUACAUCAGACGAGUAUGACAUAAGUACUGCAUUCUCGAGUCAGGAUGAUCUGGAUCAGAGGCUUGCUGGGUGUACCAGCAUCGACGGCUGGCUUCACAUUGCACACAACUACACUGGAUCCUUCAUCCUGAACAACAUCACCAACAUUGCAGGCGGAAUCAGCACUUAUGAUGGUGCUGGAAAUUCAACAGGCAUAACUUCUAUCGAGGCGAAUGGUCUACUGAGUGUUCAAGAGUUGGUCGUGUUUGGUGUGCCUACUUUGGAAAACAUUUCAUUUCCCGAUCUGGUAACCAUCGACAACAUUGGGGUCGACCUAGCCUCCGGGGGAGAGCUCCAUUUCCCCUCUUUGACGAAUUGUACAACCAUUGUACUUUCUGGAUCAAUCUCCAGGAUGGACUUUUCAUCUUUGAGCUCCGUGGACGAUGAAUUAUCAAUAUCUAGUAAUGAUACAAUUAACACACCCAUCUCUCUUGAUUCCAUCAUUCCUUCAUACUCUCCGUUGGAUGUUGACUUUCCCGCUCUGCAAAACUGCAGUCAAUUGUUGUUAUAUGGGAAUAUUUCAAGCGUCUCUAUGCCACUGCUUGAGUCUUCAGUUCCAGGUCCGUUUUCAUCUGGAGGAGGAAUCAAGAUCGCCACCAACGGGAAUCCACUGAACUUGACUUUUCCUAAGCUUUGGAAUACCACUCAGAUUGUGUUGAGUGGGACUAUUGGACAGUUCUCAUUUCCCUCUCUUCUCACACUCGAUGGAGGUGUCACGGUCAACAGCUUCUAUCCCCUGAACUUCAGUCUUGCACCACUUGAGAAUGCCACAAUCCUUACCAUGCAGGGCAACGUGACAGGUCUUGGCUUAGGCACCAUACAAGAAUUGCAGCAACUGUCCAUAUCUUCAGAUGAGCCACUCGACUGCGGCAUUGUGUCCGACGACUGGGCACGUAUCCAGAAAACGCCCUUAAUCACAAAUCCUGAUCAACAACACGGAAAAAGCGCUUGGAAAGGCUUCCGUUGUGACUCCACCCGAAAACUCCCUAUAUCAAAAGCAACAAAGCUCAAACUAGGCCUUGGCAUAGGCCUAGGUCUACCUGCCUUCGCUGCCUUGCUGUUCUUUGUCUACAAAGAAAUCACAUGGCACAGGGCUCGAGCAGUCAAACCGCCUCCAUACGAACAUGAACUAGAUGACCGACAUGAGCGUGGUGAGCCUCUGCCAACAUAUGCACCGCGACGGAUGUCAGAGACUGCGGUGACUGUGAGCGAAGUGAGCUCUUUAAGUGACUUUGAUGAGGAUGAUAGGCGGCAUGAGGGAGGACCGCCAAGUUUGCUGGAAGAGUCGGGAGAGAAUGCUGGGUAUAUGGAGACAAGGACCGGACAUGAAGGGCAUACGUGAACUUGUUUGAAAUACUUUGUUGCUACUUCAUACCAGCAUUUACACUUUGUCGUGUGGCUCAUGUAAAUGAGUGUUGCAAUUUCAUGAAGGAUUUAUUGGAGCUUAGCUUGUCCCAUUUACUGCAGCGACAUCAAUACGUCAAACGCUGAUGUCGUCGAUAGCCAUCAAUAAACCGCCGAGGAAAAGAAAGAACACGCAAUGGAACUGUAUACGGC